GUUAGGCAAAGGUCGAGAGAGUGACAGACGAGGAAAUUUCCGUUGGUACGGAGUUGCAGUCCCAAGCCCCAAGUGGAAACGCAAAGGGUAAAUUGGAUAUUACGGUGAAAAAAGGCGGGGCAUCUUUGAGAACUUCACCCCACCUAUAUAGCUGACGGUUCCGAGCAGGACUAUUGUCGUGAAAUCAAGAACUUUGAUUGGAAGGUAGCGUCCCAAGUGGAGAGACAGAGAGCGAGGGAGGGAGGGAAGGAGUACAUGUACAUCUGAUUCCAUUUCGAAGAAAGUGUGUCGAGGCUAACCCGAUUCUCAUUCUCAUUCUCAAGUGUAGCGGAAAGCAGAGAUUAUCACGGACGGGUAAUAAAGCGGAAAUUUGAGUACGGUGAAUGUGCUGCGGAGUAGCGUCCGAUUUGUUAGAAGUUGGGAGACGACGGCAUGGAAAGAUUAUUAACGGCGGUGGACAUGGUGAACCAGGCGGUGGGAGGAGAGUCGUUGUUAGGUACCAUCAAAAUCGCGGUGUUGCCCAUAGCAAAGGUCUUCACGAUGUGCUUCCUGGGAUUUCUCAUGGCUUCCAAGUAUGUCAACAUUCUGCCUGCUAAUGGAAGGAAACUUUUAAAUGGGUUGGUCUUUUCACUAUUACUUCCGUGUUUGAUAUUCUCUCAGCUUGGUCAAGCUGUCACCCUAGAGAAAAUGCUUGAGUGGUGGUUUAUUCCUGUGAAUGUUGUUCUGGGUACCAUGUCAGCCUCACUAAUAGGUUUCAUUGUUGCUUCCUUUGUCCGUCCACCAUACCCUUUUUUCAAGUUUACAAUCAUACAGAUUGGAGUUGGCAAUAUUGGGAAUGUACCACUUGUCUUGAUUGCGGCUCUUUGCAGAGACAAAUCUAACCCCUUUGGUGCUUCAGAAACAUGUAGCAAAGAUGGAACUGCCUAUAUUUCGUUUGGGCAAUGGGUCGGUGCCAUCAUCUUAUACACGUAUGUUUUUCAAAUGUUGGCACCUCCCCUGGAAGGUACAUUUGACAUUGAGGAUGUAAAUCUUCCCAUCAAGAGCUCCCCGAAGGAUGGCACACCCGAGCAACUUCCAUUGCUUACAGAUGAGGAGGAUGCAUCAACAAAUUUAAAUGCUUCAGAAAAAGGAAUGAUUAAAGUUUUCUUUGUUUUUCUAUAUGACAAGUUGAAGCUCAAGCAAAUACUUCAGCCCCCUAUCAUCGCUUCUAUCCUAGCUAUGGUCCUCGGUGCAGUACCAUUUUUUAAGCAAUUGAUCUUUACAACUGAUGCUCCUUUUUACUUCUUCACUGACAGCUGCAAUAUCCUUGGGGAGGCCAUGAUUCCAUGCAUUCUGUUGGCUUUAGGAGGCAACCUUGUUGAUGGACCUGGAAGUUCAAAACUUGGCGUACGGACAACUGUGUCUAUUAUUUUUGCGCGGUUAGUUUUGGUGCCUCCUGUAGGGCUUGGCAUUGUCAUGUUGGCAGAUAAGCUUGGUUUCCUCCCUGCCGGUGAUAAGAUGUUCCGAUUUGUCCUACUUCUUCAGCAUUCAAUGCCAACAUCCGUCCUUGCUGGUGCUGUUGCCAAUUUAAGAGGCUGUGGAAGGGAAGCAGCUGCUGUCCUGUUCUGGGUUCAUAUAUUUGCUGUCUUCUCAAUGGCUGGAUGGAUUGUGCUCUACCUCAACAUUCUCUUCUAGAACUGCAGCAAGCUGUUGCCAUGGCAAACCUUUCAUUGUAUUUUGCUAUUUGUUCAAUGUCAAUCUUAUUCGUUAGUGGCAAGUUUAGCUCUUAUUCAUCAAAAAAUUCGUUAGUAGCUAGUUGAAAUUUUUUUCUUAUUAUGGAAGACGUGAUUAUGUCCCCUUAUCAUGAUAAUAUUGAGAAGUACCAAUGUUCAUAAGGGCUGUUAAGAAAGUGCUUAAAAUUCAUUCUGUUA